GGUGCGCCAUUAGUAUAUAUUAAUAGCGCACCGCUUGUCUAUAUACUAAUGGCGUAUCAGAGUGUCAAUCCCAUCUAUAACCCUUUUUCUAGUAGUGCACCACUCAACGCUUGCAAACGGCGGCGACGCGCGUGGCCUCUCAAAGAGAUGUUGGUGGAGAUGCCGCACUAACAUCGUUGUGGUUGUCCAAUUCAUGCGCGUACGACGAUAAACCCUUCGCCUUCCGGGGAAUUUCGCGGAAGCCACCGUCGUCGCCUCGGCCGCAAACCAUGACCAGAAAGCGGCCUCUGCGGCUUGGCCCGCGCCCGCCGUGGAAAUCAACUAUCUGAAUUCUGGAGGAAUCUUAGUGCAAAUCGAAGGCAACCUACGCGCAAUCAGUCCAAGCCUCUCGACCUUGCGUGCAGCAGCCAGCUAGAGGCGUCCGCCCCGCCAUGGCACUGUACGGGCUGGGCCAGGCGGCGACGGUGGCGCAGCUGGUGGGUGCGGACGUGGGCGGGCUCAUCUCCAUGACCAUGCAGGCCGCGCUGACGGCUCGGCAGAACAGGGCGGAGUGCGAGCAGCUGGCGCGCCGGGUCCUCAUGAUCGCGCAGCUGCUCCCGCACGUGCAGCUGGCCGACGACCCGGAGGCGGCGGCGUGGCCGCUGGCCGGGCUGGGCGACGCGCUCCGGGACGCCCACGAGCUCGUCGUGUCCUGCCAGGGCAGGAGUGCCGCCUACCAGUUCGUCAUGGCCGGCAGGACGGCCGACGGGUUCAGGGAGGUGCAGGGCAGGAUCGACUCCUACCUCAUCCUCUUCCCCGUGAUCAGCCACAUCGGCAUCACUCGCCGCCUUGAAAGGAUCUACAACGUCCUCGUUCCAGACGACGACUCCACCACCGGUGGUGAACCAUCGUAUCCACCUCCACCACGGCUGUCCCACACGCAGGAGUCUCCACGAGAGGUGGCUCAGGAGGUAGAGGUAGUGCGGCAUGGAACCCAGGAAUUCACGUUGGCGGAAAUCAUGGCUGCCACCAAUGGCUUCGCCCGUGACGCCGUGAUCGGCUAUGGCGCCGGUGGAAGAGUGUACAGGGGCAGGCUUCAUGAUGGUCGAGAGGUGGCUGUCAAGCGCGUGAGUAACCUGCAGUCAAACAACAUACAACUGGAGCUCGACAUCCUGUCACGGCUCCGAUACAAACACAUCGUUCGCCUCCUUGGAUCGUGUGUGACUCGGGGCACGGACAAGAGAAAAAAGCGCCUGCUGACCACCAAGCGAAGAAAGGAACCCGAAGAGGAGCCAGAAGGGUUCAUCGUCUACGAGUACAUGGAGAACGGCACGCUCUACGACCACCUGCACCGUAACCAGGGCUCCUCCACACCAUCACCAGUGAGGAUGUGCUGGAAGACGCGCAUAGAGGUGCUCCUCUGUGUGUCGCGCGCCAUCAAGCACCUGCACUGUCAUGCCGUAGCGCCGAUCAUCCACCGUGAUAUCAAGUCAAGUAACAUCCUUUUCGACGCCAUGUGGGUGCCACAUGUGUCGGACUUUGGCUCGUCACUCACCUGGCACGUGGCGAAUGUGAAGGACUCGGGGUUGGAAUGCCCUGUUAUGGGCACAUUUGGGUACGUCGACCCUGAGUACUGCCUAAGAGGCCGCGUGAAGCCGGCGAGCGAUGUGUACAGCCUGGGCGUGCUGAUGCUCGAGGUUUUGACAGGGAAACGGGCAUUUCUCCAAGGGGGGUUGAAGAUAAAGGAAGAUCUAGCAUGUUUCGCUUCUCCUAUCAUCGAGGCUGGUAAUAUUACGGAGUUGCUGGACAAGCGACCUGUACCGGAGCCAACACCAUUGCAGUUGCAGGCGCUGAAGCGUGUGGCGCAAAUUGCAAGAUGUUGUGUCAAGUGGGUUGGGAGGGCUCGGCCGGCCAUAUCGGACAUUGUUGCCAACCUCGAGAUGGUGUACAAGUUGAUCUGCAGAGACGAGCCAUGUUUAGUUGAAGAGUCAGUCGUGUGGCCUUUUCUUGAAAAAGUUGAUGAGUCGCCACAUGCCAAGAGUGUGCCAUCAGCAGGCUACCAGCCCAAUCUGGUACACCAGAAACUGACUGAACUCUGUUCACAUUAACCAACUGAAUCAUGGGAAUACACGGAUGAAGCAAGAAUUGAUUUUCUGUUUAA